AUGAUGAGGUUUAUCUAUACACCAAAACACCAGAAGUUGGUGAAUAAUUGUUAUCCUAAUGGUAGAACUACUGAUAAAAAGCCCAAGUCUUCGGAGACUGCUUAUUUGCUUUAUUAUGUUAAUUCCAGACGUAGCAAAUUAGAAAAGGUUAGUAGUUACAUGGUUAAGAGAAGUAGCAGUGAUUUACGUAACAGACGUGUUGGAAAUAUAUCUGUGACAUUGGCUCUGCUAGAUAGAAUUGUCAUUCAUUGUAAGGAAAAUUUAAAUAUAUUUGUUAAGGAUUUUAUCUUCAUUUUAAAUAGAAUUCUACAGGAUGUUGGUAUAAAUAAUGACGUUUCAAUUUUGGAAUUAAUCGCCGAUGUUUUCAAAAGUAUAUGUGAAAAUAUUGACGAUUCGUUAUGCAGUGGUGACACUGAAUUCGUGAAAAUGUUUCAAGAUUUUACAAAAUUAUAUUUUAAUAUUGUUAAAGAUCAAUUACAUAAUGACGAUCUAUUAUUGAGAGGCUGUCUGAACAUUUCUUAUACAACUUGUUUGGCUGGAAAUCCAAAAUUAUGUGAUUUGAUAACUAAAUCUGUACAUUAUACUUUGUUGAUAUUUCAAGAAAAAUAUCCGAAUUUUAAAACAACAAGUUUACAUUCGGCAGCAUCACUGCCUUUAACCAAGAAAUUAAGCAGAACCCACACUCGCACAGGUAUUUCCUUAACUGAUGGAAGUUUGGCUAGUGAUGCUUCAAUAACAGUUUUAAAAUCCUACUUCAAUACUACUGAAACUGACAAAUUGACAUUAGCUUUAAGGGCAGUCCUUGCCCAAUUACAAGUGACUCCAAAUAAAGAACUAUUAGAGCUUAUCUGCGAAGGGAUCCCAGUUCAAUUGAGAUAUAUUGUAAUCAUUCUAUUGGUAAGACAAUUAUCUGAAAAAUCAACAAAUUAUGAUACUACUUUGAAAUUAAUAUCUUCGUUAUUGGUCUCUAAUGUAAGUAUCAUAGGUUUAAGUGUCCUAGAUAUCAUGAGAAAAUUAUUAGCUUUCCAAUUGGAAAAUGCUGAAAACGACAAUAUUGUACACGAAUGCUAUACAACGAUUUCUGAUUUGAAUGAAAAGAUAUAUUAUCAUGAACAAACUUCUGACAUGUUAUAUGAAUUAUUAACUAGGUUGAGAAUUGAUACAAGUCAAAUCAACAAAUCCAUAUUGGUUAAUGAUGUAAUAAACAUAAUUAGGAAUACUUCUAACCCUUGUAUUGGUUUAGACCUAUUCUUGGAAUUGGUGCCUUUUAUAAACGAUGAUAUUAAUAAUGUUCUUUCAUUGUUUGAUAUUGUCGAUGAUCAAAUUGCUACUGGAUUUUUAUUCUCUACAUUGUUCAAAAUUAUUGUGGAUAUGAGUCGUAAUGAAGAACAAGGAAUAAUGAUGAGAAAGGUAUUUAAUAAAUUUUCAAAUAUCGCUCUACUGUCAGGUUUGAACUACUUUUUAGAAAUUUACAAUGAACCAGAGCCCGCUUAUUACUACUACCAUGAAGAAGCUGCUACCUUUUUAAAUCUUGAUGACUACAAGGUUCAAACUAAAUAUAAGAUGGAAAAUGGAUUACUGUUUAGUAGUGAUGACUUGAUGAAUUUCUAUUCAGACGCAGGAACUAACAAAUAUAGUAAAAGAGGAAUCCAAAUUAUAUUAUCUCAAGGUCCAUCUCAUUUAUCAUCUUUUGAUUUGACAACAGAUUCGAAUAUGACAAGAUCAUUAAGUGAAUCUGUUCAAAGAUCGUUUUCUGGUGGUGUUAUUGGCCAACCUUCUACAGCUCCAACGCCAACCACUUCAUCGGCAAUGUUGGGUAUGAUGGGCUUAUCAUCUGAUUCCAAGUCUUUAAAUAAUUUCAAAGGAAAGAGCCCUAAAAUUAAAGAUUUAAGAAUAGCAUUUAAAAAGAAUCCAUCUGGUCAAGACAAGGAAAAUACUAUCCUAGGCACCGAAUCUUUGAAAUCUAGAGUUACCAAUAUUACAUUCUUAUUAAGUGAAUUAAAGAGUAUAAGCACUGAAGUCAAUAAAAUUCAAGAUCCUGAUGAAGAUGAAAUCGUUGGAUUGGAUAAAAUUGAUUUAGCUAGAUCUAAUUCCUUAAAAUUGACACCUGCAACUAGUAUAGCAAGUAAUAAAAACAGGCUACAAACGGAUAAAGAGAAUGAAGAAGAUAAUUUUAAAGAUGCCACUGAAGAUUUUGAACUACCAGGCUCUAGAGGUAAAUUGUUCGCUUCAAUCUAG